AUGCAGCGUUACAUUUUGUUAGCCGUGUCGCUGUCGUUGCUUUCCGGGGCCGAUGCUCUGGUCCGGCCUGAUGGCGUGGGGAGACUGCCCGCCUUGGGUUGGAACUCCUGGAAUGCGUUUGCAUGCGACGUCGAUGCGUCCAAGAUCCUGACGGCUGCAGAAGAAACAAUAAAUCUGGGCUUAAAAGAUGCAGGUUAUGAAUACAUCAACAUCGAUGAUUGCUGGUCAGUCAAAACUGGCCGAGAUCCCGAUACAAAACGUAUCAUUCCGGACACAGCCAAAUUUCCGGAUGGAAUCGCAGGUGUCGCCUCUAAGAUCCAUGAUAUGGGUCUGAAGGUCGGCAUUUAUAGCAGUGCCGGCACGGAAACCUGCGCUGGCUAUCCUGCUAGUCUGGGAUAUGAGAAAAUAGACGCGGAGAGCUUUGCCGAAUGGGGCAUCGACUAUCUGAAAUACGAUAACUGCGGCGUACCUACGAACUGGACCGACACGUAUACCCACUGUGUGCCAGACAACACCAAUGGGGCCAACUUCCCCAACGGCACUUGUCCGGAUAUAUCCAACCCAGCACCGGCGGAAUACAAUUGGAGCAGUUCCAAAACAGCUCAAAGAUACGACGCUAUGCGCGAUGCAUUGCUGGGUGUCAAUCGGACCAUUCUCUAUUCGUUGUGCGACUGGGGCCAGGCGGACGUGAACACAUGGGGUAACGCGACGGGCAACUCUUGGAGAACGACGGGGGAUAUUACACCCGACUGGAGCCGGAUUGUCGAGAUUGCCAACGAGAACUCCUUCCUCAUGAACUAUGCCGAUUUCUGGGGGCACCCAGAUCCGGACAUGCUGGAAGUCGGCAAUGGAAAUUUGACUCUGGAAGAGAACAGAGCCCAUUUUGCUCUCUGGGCAGCAAUGAAAUCGCCUCUUAUCAUUGGCACUCCUCUCGAUUCGAUCAAAGAGGAGCAUCUUGCCAUCCUCAAGAAUAAGCCCUUGCUGUCCUUCCAUCAAGAUCCGGUAAUCGGUCGCCCUGCGUAUCCUUACAAAUGGGGAUACAACCCGGACUGGACAUUCGAUCCAGCGCAUCCAGCGGAAUAUUGGUCCGGGCCAUCGUCGACUCUGGGCGGAACCCUGGUCUUGAUGUUCAACUCGGAAGACAGUGCCAAAAGCCGGACUGCCGUGUGGAGCGAGAUCCCGGAGCUGAGGGACUCCGCUGAGAAGGGCAGUGGAUAUCUGGUAACUGACAUUUGGACGGGUGAAGAUCUGGGUUGUGUGAAGGAUCAAUAUAACGUGGAGUUGCAGAGUCAUGAUAUUGCUGCUCUGGUGGUGGGAGAAUCAUGCUGAU